CUCCCUAAAUGGAUCAAUUUAACCUAGUUUCAUACUUCACAUUUUACUGUAUUACAUUCUCCCGCCUUACAAAGCACAGAGUGAGUUAGCCGUUAGACAUUCAUAUCCAUGAGGAUCAGGACAAUGACAGUCAAGAAGCAAUUAGCAAGGGAAGCAGUGGAGAGCAACCGUCGCCGCCGUCUCGCCGGAGCAACAGGGUGGUCGGAAUUGCCACAAGAAUACCUAGCAGCAAUCGCUGCUCGCCUCGAUAGUCCUGAACAUACUUCUCGAUUCCGAGCAGUCUGCCGGAAUUGGCGAUCGUCCACCCCUCCCAAGAACCCUAAAUUGAUUUCGUUAAGUUUUCUUCAUAAAUUCCCUUCCGACGCGAAACUCCCGUUCAAUGAGAGGCACAAGUAUGAUUCUUUGUUGCUUGUUUCUUCCUCUGUUUUUGUUGUUCAAUCAAUUGAUUCGCCGUCGAAUUGUUGGAUUCUAACCGGUGAGAAUUCGGGUUCCGGUAAACUUCGUGCUAUUUGCCCCUUUUCGAGGGGUCCGGCAAAAGAUUUGUCGAACGAUUUCCCCAAAACCCUAGAUUUGCGCAAUUUCAAUGUUACAGAAGUCACCAAGGGUUUAAAUUUUAGGGUUGUAAUCGACGACCAAAAGAAGUACGAAUUGGGGGUUUCCUGUUCCCUAAUACCCCGCCGAUCACUUAUAUGCUCAGCUUAUAAGUCUGUUCUGUUUCCAAAAUCCGGUUCCGAAUCCCCCGAUGAUUUAACCAUCGCAGUAUUAUACGAGGGAGGGAAUUUAGCUGUUCUACAAUCAAAUGGCAAGAAAUUGUGGUACUUGUGUUUCACUGGGGAUGCUCAUUUUGAUGACAUUGUUCUUUACAAAGGGAUGGUUUGUGCUGUGGAUAGAUCAGGACGAGUGUACGCCUUAAAUGACAAGGCAAAGGUGGUGAAAACCGUUGUAAACGCCAUGAUUCGAGGUGGCGGUGACAGUUAUAUGCGAAGGCGUUUGGUAGAAUCACAUGGGGAUCUGUAUCUUGUUCUAUGGAUUGGUGUUUGUGCUUCACAAGGGAAUGUUUGGUUCAAGGUUUAUAAGCUGUAUGAAGCUCAAUCUAGGUGGUGUGAGGUUAAACAUUUGGGUGAUCGAACCUUGUUCGUAGGGUUCGAUUGCUGCUUCUUUAUUAACACCAAGGAGUUUCGAAGAUGUCAGCCUAAUCGCGUUGUUUCUCACAAGAAAUGUUUUAUCCGAUAUGGUGGAGAUCAUAUUCCUGAUGAGUAUCUGUUUGAAUGUGCAAGAGAAGGUGCAGAAAAGGUUAAACAUCUAGAGGAUUGUGAGGUUUUGGGGCUUAAGCCCUUGCAUUCUGGAUUUUCGCAUUAUUUAUGGCCUCAUUCGGCAUGGAAUCUCGAUGAAGAGCAGAAGGUGAAACAAGAAGUAUGCAGCAAAAAUGAUCAAGUUGAAGAUAUGAAGCAAAUGGUUGUCAGUACUUUGACAACUAUUGAUCCCAAGAAUGAGAAUGGAGGUAUUGUCGCGGUGCAACCUUCUGAAACUAUACCAGCAACAUUUCAUGGAAAAGAAGUGAAGCCUGAGUUAGUGCCUGUAUUAGAAAAGGUAUGGGCAAAACACGGGAACAUUCUAGAAGGGAGUGCAAUCCGCAGUAGCGAUACUAUAACCAUGGCUUCAGAGUCUGUUGCAAAGGUAAUAAACAUUCUGCAAAAUACAUCAGCAAGUAACUUGAGUGAAGAACAGAUGGAAUAUCUGGUUUCUACCUUGUCAGACCUCCAACUUAUGCAGUUGAAAGUAGAUUGGUUGUCCCCCUUUGUUGAGAAGGCUGUUGCAUUGUAUAAGAGUAGACAGUUAGCAGUUGCGUUGAUGGAGCUUGAAAAGGCUAAAGCUCAUGUUGAAGAAUUGAAAUUAAAGCUUCUUGCUGAAUCCGAGAAGCCGGAUAGUGGAUUGAAGAUUGCUGUGGUGGAGACCUUAUCUGCAUCUGGGCCAAUUGAUUUCGAUAAAUGUCUAGGGGAGGGGGUAUGUUAGUUCAUUAGUUGGUUGGUGUUUUGAUUUUGUUGUUUUUAAUCUGAAUUGGACUAAAAAUGUAUGUGUUUUUUGGUUGGGAAGCAGAGAUGUAUGCCUUCUUUGACCUGCUAACCUUCUUUUGUUUGGGAACUUUCCCAUUUGUUGUACUUAUAUGGAAUGUAUGGAUUCUUGAAAUUCACCAUUUUUGUUUAUAUGUUGAAUGUAUGUAACUUUACUCUUCUUAUUUA